AUAAUCAUGUUACUGCUAGCCACACCAAUUAGGUAUCAUUAUCCAUAUAUAAUAUAUCGAAGAUUAUCAGCUCAACAAGUGUUAUUUGUAGUUACCCGGUACUAAUUUAGUAGUCGCUUACACUCCCAAGUAAGGCAGGAGGCGCUGGUCCAGUAAAUCAACCUCCAUAGCUCAACAUUGAAGCGGUGCGACGUCAUUUAAACUUUUUUCAAGGAAAGAAGAAGCCGGAGACAUUGACUUGUCCUCCAAAUGAUUGCAUCGGGCUUAGAGCAAGAUAAGAACGGAAAGUACACACUAAUUGGAGAUGCAGAGAAUAAUCUGCUUGGGUAUUUUGAUGAACCCCUCCCUUGUUUUGGCUUUGGAAUUGGAUGGUUUUGCAUGUUGUCUGGGUUCAUAUUCCCUUUGCUUUGGUAUUAUGCAACAAUCUUGUACUUCAGAAGUUACUAUCAGAAGGAUCCAAGGGAGCGGACAGGACUUGCUGCAAGUGCUAUAGCUGCUCUGAUAUUUACAGUCGCGCUUCUUAUUACAAUACUCGUGAUGAUCAUUUGAUUUUUUUUAUCAAAGAAAACCUUGUAUAACAUGAAUGGUGUUGUAAUGACUGUAGACCGGGUCUUAUGAAUCCUUUCUGAUGCUCUCCAUAUCAACUCAGUGAGUCACUGUAACUACACUAACUGAAGAUCAACUCAUCUAAUUGUAAGCUGACUUGCACUAAGAUCAUUUAUCAUUGGCAUUUUUGUGAAGCUUCUAGAGUUACAUUUCUACACACGCACUUGCAUCGUGUUAACAUUGUAUGAAAUCUUGCUUGAUCAAGGUGAGUCAGGGUCUCAGUUUGACCCAUUUUUUAACCAGGCCAGUUGUAUCAGUAUACCUGUGGAAAAAAAAAUCUGAACCCCCUUCAGCGCGACGGUUUGAUUGAUCAA